GUCGGGGUAUUUUAUAAAGUAAGGUUACCAGUCGGGGUAUUUUAUAAAGUAAGUUUACCAGUCGGGGUGUUUUAUAAAGUGAGGUUACCAGUCGGGGUGUUUUAUAAAGUAAGUUUACCAGUCGGGGUGUUUUAUAAAGUGAGGUUACCAGUCGGGGUGUUUUAUAAAAUAAGUUUACCAGUCGGGGUGUUUUAUAAAGUGAGGUUACCAGUCGGGGUGUUUUAUAAAGUUAGGUUACCAGUCGGGGUGUUUUAUAAAGUAAGGUCACCAGUAGGGAUGUUUUAUAAAGUGAGGUUACCAGUCGGGGUGUUUUAUAAAGUAAGGUUACCAAACGGGGUAUUUUAUAAAGUGAGGUUACCAGUCGGGGUAUUUUAA